CAGAUCUGCACCUAAUAGCUAUAUAUACACGGCAGAGGGCAACCUGCAAGCUACACCAGCCGAUCGAUUUACAUGAGCGUCUGACUUUCUCCGACCAACUCCACCAGUAAACGACAUGAAAGCAAAGACCUUAAAUGUAUUUUGGCAUGGUGAAGGAGCUCAGUUUCUAGUUUCCCGUACUUUGGACUUCUCCACAGUUUGCCCGGAAAAGGAAGAGGCAGCCGAUCGAUUUUCCAUAUACCGCACUGAAAAGAUCCAAUCCAGCCAGCCAGCGUUGAAUGCUGUAUAACCAGAGCUUCAAGAGCUUGUCGUGAAAGGGGGAGAAAAUAAGAUGGCGCUAAGCGUCGCGCAAUCCCUGGUGGGAAGUGCCGUAAACAGGGCGGCCUCCGAGGCCAUGGAUGAGAUGGCAUUGCUCAUGGGAGUGCGGAACGAGACAUGGUACAUCAAAGACGAGCUAAGAAUAAUGCAAGCUUUCUUGAGAACUGCUGAAAGGAUGAAGGAUAGAGAUGAGCUGGUCAAAGUUUGGGCAGAGCAAGUAGAGGAUCUAUCCUACCACAUUAAAUAUUGCAUGGACGAGUUCCAGGUAAAUAUGGGCCACCCAAGCUGCUUGCAUAGGCUGACGAAGCUUAGAGUUCGCCAUCAAAUUGCCGUCCAGAUCCGCAACCUGAAAGUAAGAGUUGGAGAUGUAAGCGCCAGGAUCCAGCGGUAUAGUCAUUUAAUGAGGCCCAUUACCUCUGCAAGCAUGGAUGAGGGGAAAUUAUGCAAGGACGAGACCACUUCUUUCAUGGAAGGUAUCUGCAUUCAUUCACAUGGAUUUUUUGAUGAAUCAGAGCUUGUGGGCUUUUCUAGGCCGAAUGAGGAGUUGAUUAAUCUGAUGGAUGUUUUCUAUACCUAAGCAUCUUUCCCGUGGGUUUUGAGAUCCAAGCAAGACGUCUGAUAGACAGAUGGAUAGCAGAGGGAUUUGUAACAUCUAGGUUUGGGAUGGACAUUGAGGAUGUUGCAAUGAGCUACUUUUAUGAGCUAAUCAAUAGAUGUAUGAUUGAACCAUCAAGAGUAAACGCAGAAGGAAGGGUUAAGAGUUGUCGGGUCCAUCAUAUCUUCUUCGAUAUCAUGGCCUCUGUUUCAAGAGAUGAAAAAUUUGUGUACUUAUCAAUGGAUAUUGUAAAAAGUGCACCAGAGGAGAACUUUCGCCAUGUAGUACACCAUGGUCAGAAGUGCCCGAAGAUUAGCAUGGAUUGGAGUCAUGUUCGAUCAUUUUCUGUGUUUGCUGUGAGCCCUAUGGAGCCAGCACCAUCAGUCUGUUCAGCAUACCUGAGGAUGCUAAGUGUCUUGGAUCUUCAGGAUGCACAAUGCAGUAUGACACAGAAAGAUAUCAACAACAUUGGGUUGCUGCGCCGCUUGAAAUAUGUGAACAUUCAAGGACAUUCAAAUAUUUGUACCCUUCCAGAAUCCAUAGGAAAACUACAUGGCUUACAAUAUUUGGAUGUCAGAAACACUUCCAUCACAUCAUUACCAACUGAGAUCAGUAAACUCCAUAGUCUAAUUAGUCUUCGUUGUAGCAAUGAAAAAAUUCAUCCAGAUGGCCCACAGGAAGGUUUGAUGCUCACACUGUGCCUGCCCAUGGUAUUCAUAGAUUUUGGUUGUUCUGGUUUCCGUGCUGAGUCAGGGGGUGUGAGGGUGCCAAGAGGGAUCGGUGAAUUGCAAGAGUUACAGAUCUUAGAGGUGGUUGACAUCAGACGAACUAGUAGCAGAGCAAUUAAGGAAAUUAAGUGUAGUAACAGCAGAAGCCACCAUGCAAAAAUGUAGGGUACUUGCUGCAGCCAUUGAGACGCUAUCUUCCCUCUCUUCUCUUCGUGUAGAUGCUGGCGGGAGCUCUUUGAAGUGGCUACAUUCUGUUUCAUCUCCUCCCCACCUCUUGAGGACCCUUAAGUUGGUAGGAUGUCUUGGAGAAGAGAUUCCCUACUGGCUUGCAAGUCUAACGCAUUUAGUGAAGAUUCAGUUGGAGCAUAGCGGGCUAAAGGAUGGACGCAAAGUCAUGGAAUUACUAGGGGAACUGCCCAGGCUUAGGCUCCUUGGUCUUUCUGGGAUGUCUUAUGUUGGGGAGGAGCUAAUCUUCAGAGCACAAUUGUUCCAGAGUCUCACCAAACUAGAUAUUUCUGGCCUUGAGCAACUGAGGGGGGUGAGAUUCGAGGAGGGCACCUCACCCUGCAUACAAAGGAUAGAAAUUGGUCGUUGUUGUUUGCAAUCUGGGAUAAUUGGUAUCAAGCAUCUUCCAAUGCUCAGGAGUAUUUCACUUGGUCAAGGUUGUCAAGUGGCAAAGCUUGAUGAGCUGCAAGGGGAGGUGGAAGCACACCCCAACCAUCCUGUGCUGCAGCUGCUGUUUGACAGGAGGUACCACGACCUGGGUGAUGUUGCAGAAUGCUCGAAUGCUGUACAAGUGCAAGAAGCAACGGGGGAAUCAUCUCAUUUUCUCGAGCCUGCGGCAGUGGAAGAGAACUCCUCUCAGGGGAUCGACAGGUAUAUCAAGCAUCUUCCAAUGCUCAGGAGUAUUUCACUUGGUCAAGGUUGUCAAGUGGCAAAGCAUGGUGAGCUGCAAAGUGAAGUGGGUGCACAUACCAACAGUCCCGUGCUGCGACUGUCCGAGGAACGGAGCCGCCACGACCUGGGAGGCACCGUCGCCCAAGUGGGAGAAUCAACAGGGGAAUCCUCAUCUCUCCAUCCUGAGCCUGCAGCUUCAGGAGAGAGCUCACGGUCCCAAGCGGCGGGCAUGGCGAUGGCAAACAUCAGUAACAGCCAAGAUAAUGUGCUUUACACUUACAACUCGUGCUGAAUGAAUCCGAGCAAGCCCUCCAGCCAGUUUCACCAUGUUAUGGUUGUCGAAAUAAACUAGUGCUCCGUGUAGUGCAUUCAGAUUCAGCUGGGCACCCAGGAGGCCAGGAGCACCACCAAGCUGCAUUGUUCAUCCCAUUGUCGACAGUUACAAGAUGGGACCCGACAUCAAGAGGCUAGAUGGUUUCUCCAUUCGGCCGAACAUCACUGUGGUAUUUCCUUCUAAAAAUCAGUCUUAAACUGUUUAAUAAGUUGAAUUCAUUCUACCUGGUGCUGGCCUCCGAGUCUCCACCAUGCCGCCGGUAUAGCUAGCUCAGCUCUGCUUAUGUUUGUUUGAUUCCAUCUGGUUUGUGAAAUGUCGGUUACCCUUUUUGUCUGCCAGAAUUUCUGUCAGAGGACAGCUGCCGUAUUCGGUAGCUUGUCAACGUUAGCAUUCUAUUUCAAGCUGGACAACUAUGAGAAAUUUUUGUUGUUCAAGCUGGUGCAACUAUGAAAUUUUUACUGUUCAAGCUGAGUUAUGAAGCUGGAGGAGUGAACAUCCCAGCCAUCUUCUGUUGUGAAUGGAGCAAGACUUGAGUACUGAACUAACCAUGAUGUAGUGAUCUGAAGUGAAGAUGGAAGCUGAGGAAUCCCUUUCGAGUUCGCAAUGCCUCACAGUCCACCCACAUCUAAAGUCUCAACUCUGAAGGGCUCAUACUGAUAAAAAAGAGUCAGCUGGGCAGAAGAGGAGGAAGAUCCAACAGAGUACAGAUGAUGCACUACUAAGGCCUAGGAUGCAAUGUUCAUCAUACUGUACUGUCCAUAAUUAUAAGAUUAGUCACCACUGCAAGAAGCCAGAUGGUUUACCUGUGUUCUCUAUGUGCGGAACUUUCUGUCUUCCGUGCAGGAUUCGUCUCUGACCUAAAUGUUCCCACGAUCUUGGAGCAAGCUACAACAACAUUUCGAUGGCUGCGAGGUGACCAACCGAGGGUUCAAAAGUGAUACUUGCUGUGUAGCUCCUGUACCCUUUUCCAGACGAUGAUCAGCUCUUCACUGUUAAAAUAGGUCUAGCGUGUCGUGUACACGUAUUUUGUAUGUAUGUAAUUGUAUAUGUUGAUCAUUAUAUAUAGUGAGACGUGGAGAGGCAUUGCCCCACGGGGAAACCCU